AUGGUUCUGCGAAAACGUGCGCCACCGCAUCUUUCCAAUCUAAAUCAGCCGGAUGCACGUUCUGAGCUUCGUUCUCCAAUCUCACCAACAUCGCCAACUGCAAAGUCAGUUUCCGCGCCGUCGCCUAAGCGAUUGACCCGUCCAAGACGCGCAAAGAGCUCUCCCCAUCCUCAUCGCAUUCCCUCGCUCGAUCCAAUAUACUCUCCCGACUUGAACACAUCACCGGCGUUCGAUCUGAUGCCCUUGGAACAAGCACAGAAGGCCCCGGUGGGGCCAUUGUCCAGCGACAACCCCAACCCAUGGGCGGACGAUGCGUCGGAAAGGCCCGCGAAGAGCGCACAUAUUCCAGAGCAGACAGCACCCUCUAGCAUAGAUCAACAGGCUCACCUAUCGACAAAUGUCGAGAAAUUUGAUCGUGUACCGCCGAUCCUUGUCGCAGGUACUCAAAGAAGAAUGGCUGCCAACGAAUGGCAAGAAGCAAAUAAUAACUCUGGGAGCUGGGAGGCACCAGUACAGCUACAGUCCAACAACCCCUUCUUGAAGACAAGGCAAGCUGAAGAGAAUCCAUGGGAUUCGAACAAUUCGAAAGCAUCGCACGGAGACGGCUCAAGUGGUCGACUCAGCCAGACCGAAGGUUACAUUCCCAUGACUGCGCGCUUGUCGCUUUUGGAUCAACCAGCACCUGAGUCCCCGUGGGCUGAAGAGCGAUCAGAUCCUGCUGCACAAUCACCAGCUUGGCCAAAUGUUCCGAUGCAUACUCAACAUACUGCUCCUCCUCAUCAAGUGCCUUAUAACAACGGUCCUACCCCUGGUCAAACAUCUUCAAUAUUUGAUGGACAUGAUUAUGCUGUCCAGUAUCCGCAACAAACAAGCUAUGGGAGGCCGGUCUCGGGACAAAGUCCAGCCACUGCCGGUGCAACUACUUCUACCACGAUGCCCCCGUCGUCUCACGAUCUAAUCGACUUUGGCGGACCUUCCGAAGUAUCCGCUUCCCAGGCUCAAAUCGACCUUGAAUAUGCUCCGUACCCGAGUGACGCCCAGACCCCCGGUACUUCAUCAAACAUCUAUACCGAAUCAGCACCGCCGUUACCCCAGCGCUCAGACCCAUCCGAGUCAUUACCAGAGCAAUCUCCGGCGCUACCUCCAAGAAGCCCUAAUCUAACCGCGGCGGAAGAACAGCGCCAGAAGGGCCAAAGAUCCGAAACAUAUUCGAUCCGACAUAUCAAUUGGACGGAUCAGACGGGAAAGCUGCGGGAGUCGCCGAUAUUGGUUCAAAAUCAGAACGGGCCAUGUCCCUUGUUGGCACUCGUCAAUACGCUAGUGUUACGUGCAGACCAGGAUACGCAGCCACCCAUUGUGCGAGCACUUCAGACUAAGGAACAAAUCUCUCUAGGGCUCUUGAUUGAGGCCCUGUUUGAUGAAUUAACGACACGUCUGGGUCCUGAUGGCGAGCUUCCAGAUAUAGAGGCUCUCAGUCGCUUCCUGACAAUGUUGCAUACUGGCAUGAACGUCAACCCGCGACUCACACUGGAAUCAAAUGAAGCAUUCGGCACCUUUCUCAAGACCGGUGACAUUCGACUGUAUAGUACCUUUGGCGUGCCGUUGGUGCACGGUUGGAUCGCUACUCCCGCAACCGAGGCAGAUGAGGCUUUCAGAAGACUGGCCCAGUACCAUGAAGAUGUACAGAUGUUGCCCUUUCGUAAACAAGAACUAGAAGAUCGUGUCUUCCGCGGAGAUACACUCACAUGGGAGGAAGAGCAAGUGAUUAAAGACAUCCAAGCCAUCGAAAAAUUCACCGAUGUGGAGAAUGCUACCCAGCUCAGUGCAUUUGGGCUAAAACAUCUCACGGAAAUGAUGCCUCCUGGGUCGUUCGCAAUCUUGUUCCGCAAUGAUCAUUUCUCGACUCUCUAUAAACACCCUCAACGACGCGAAUUGUUUACAUUGGUUACCGAUGCUGGUUAUUCUAGCCAUGCGGAAGUUGUCUGGGAAUGCCUGAUUGAUGUUAAUGGUUCGAACUCGACGUUCUUUGCCGGAGACUUUCGCCCAGUCGGUCACACCCCGCCUGAGACUUCUGAUCCAUCUGGCCCACGAAUAUCAAGCCACAGAACGACCGUUCCUCCGCCUCCAAGCGAGCAGCAAACAGCAAAUACACUAUCGCCCCAGGAGCAAGCUGAUGCCGACUAUGCUUACGCACUCUCUCUUCAAUACCAAGAGGAAGAGCGCCAGGCAAGAGAGGGAAACAACCGGCAACAGAAUCAACGGGCCUCGGCCCCAAAUUAUCCCCCCGGAACCUCUUGGGGCCCAGACCCGGCUCAUCGUCGAGCAGCGAGUGUCGCAAAUGGUGGCGGGAGCCGCCAGACUGCGGACCGCCGCUCGACGGGGCAGAGCCACCCUCCUGGGCGAUACUCAACUUCCCGCUUGGAAAAUGACCGUAAUACUAGUGGAAACGCUGACGACCUUCUUCCCCCGUCGUAUGAACAGGCAGCCACUAGCCCAGCAUACCCGCCACGAGACGCUCCAGAUGGCCGAUAUCAGCGACAUUCCACGGGACGGCGCAUAGCCCCGGGUCCGGGCACGGGUCUACCAGAUCGGCCAAAGGAUCGAAACAAGGACUGCGUGGUUAUGUAG